GUUAAUUUUACUCAAGCAUCAUGAAGACCAUCGCAGUUCUCCUCUCCGUCGUCGCCGCUGCUGUGGCCCUUGAGCCUUGCGUCUGUACCUACGAAUAUAGUCCAGUAUGUGGAUCUGAUGGUAUUACCUAUGGAAACUUGUGUGGCUUGAAGUGCAAACAGCGCACAGAUUCUGCCCUCACUUUGGCAUACCAUGGAGAAUGCAAAACUGUAGUCGAAAAGAGAUCCGAAGAACCAUGCAACUGCACUAGCGAAUACAGUCCCGUUUGCGGAACCGACGCAAACACUUACAACAACCUGUGCAUGUUCGUAUGCGCCCGCAAAAACGAUCCAUCUUUAUUCUUGCUGUACCAUGGUAUUUGCAAGAAGGGAGAGAAGCCAGUUCAAAUGUGCACGUUGGAAUACUUCCUAAUCUGCGGCUCCGACGGACGUACCUAUACCAACAGAUGCGAAUACGAAUUUAACACGCGCAUCAAUAAAGAUCUCUACAUCGCCAAAUACGGAGAAGAAUGUUAAAUGAUAUUAUUAUUGAUCUGAAUCUAUUAUUAAUCUCAUAUUAUUUUAAUCUGAAUAAAUGAAAAAUUUAACAAACGAUUUAUCAAAAGAUAUUAGUAAACUUAAGAACUUGAGGGAAAAUAUCUCUAUUUUAUAUUAAGUUAUGUCUACAUUUUCAACACAAAAUGAUGUUCAGAUUUGUAAUAACGCGAGAGGUACGUUUCCAAUUGUAUUAAUCCAAGUAUAAAAAUAAGAGGACAAUAGAAACACUAAUUGUUACAUAAUAUUUUAAUCUACAAAGAUCUUCUAUCAAAGGAUUUCCUGUCUAUUACGUAUGUUUAUCUAUAUUUGACUGUGCAUUGUUCUCUAAGUUUAAAGUAAACAUAUAAUUUGAUA